AUGCUUCGCUAUCUACUUAUACCUAUCCUAUACUUGCAAGUAGUGUUGGGAGUGCUAUCUGAAGUUCUGCCAUCACUCAAGCCAAGUGUUGUUCCGAAGAAUACAAGUCUGUUAUCGGGCCGUGGGGUGUUUCGGCAGCUUAUAGACCAUACACAUCCAGAAGUAGGAACCUUUUCUCAGAAGUAUUGGUUCAACACUACGUACUGGGGUGGCCCAGGAUCUCCAAUCAUCUUUUACACACCUGGUCAACACCCAGCUACGAACCGUCUAUAUUAUCUAACGGAUACAACCUUGCCUGGCCUCAUAGCUAAAGAAGUUAGAGGAGCUGUCGUUCUAGUUGAGCAUCGUUAUUUUGGAGAAUCACAACCUUUUGACAAUCUCUCCACUUCCAACUUGCAGUAUCUUGCACUCGACCAAGUCCUUGCCGAUUUUGUACAUUUCGCACGUACAGUUGAACUUCCCUUCGAUCUCAGUGGAAAUUCACAUCCCUUACGGACACCGUGGAUAUGGGUUGGCAACUCCUAUUCGGCUACUUUGGUGGCCUGGACAGAGAGACUGUUCCCUAAUACUUUCUGGGCCUACUAUGCUAGUGGUGCUGCGGUAAACUCUAUGCAGGAUUUUUGGCAGUUUAAUUAUCCUACACAACAGGGAAUGCCGCAGAGCUGCAGGUCCAACUUAGAGGCAAUAAUCAGUCAUGUUGAUAACGUUUUCUUAUCUGGCUCACCAGAACAAAAACAGGAGCUAAAGAUACGUUUCGGCCUUCAGGACCUGAGCCUCCUCGAGGAUACAGCCUAUGCUUUGUCACAGCCUAUUAUUGGGUGGACUUUGAUUCAGCCGAGCGAUACCCAUACUCAGUUCUCUGAAAUGUGUAAUGCUAUCGAGAAUGCUAACUUCUCUAGUAGUAGACGCGAUUUUGGCAGCAAAACUAAUUUCCAAACGGUGCUAGACAAUUACGCUGACUGGUUUAAAACAUCUUAUCUUCCUAGACUUUGCGAGAGGCCCAACUACAGCGGCUGGACAGGCCGAAACAGCGUGCAAUGCCUUGACACGGUAAAUUUGUCUUCGCAAGCAUUCCAUGAUCUUUCUGUACAGAAUGAUGACCGAGUUUGGGAUUGGAUAGCCUGCAAUUAUUUCUUCUUCUGGCAAACGGGCUCCCCAAUCGACACACCUACCAUAUUUAGUCGCCUCAUAGAUCCCGUAUAUUACGAACGGCGAUGCAGGCUCAUUUUCCCUAAAGAAGGUAACGCUACAUAUGGAAUAGCAGCAGGGGUAACAGACAAAUCAAUGAAUGCGUUAACUGGAGGUUGGAACCGCACAGGAAAACGAAUUCUCUUUACCAAUGGAGAGUUUGACCCCUGGCGCUCAGCGUCUGUGUCUUCUGUCUUUCGGCCCGAUGGGCCGAUGCAAAGCACAUCGCAACAGCCAAUCAUAUUAAUCAAGGGCGUACAACACCAGGCCGAUAUGUACGUUCGCAAUCGCAUAAAUAAAGAAGUCAGAGAGGCUAUGGAUACUGGCAUUGCGCAGAUCUCUAGAUGGGUUCUAGACUUCUAUACGGAAAAUAGCAAAACACUUGCACAUGAUCUCCAAGGGUUCUGUGUACAUUAG